AUGUCUUUCCUUCAUAAUCAUUCUUGCGAGUGCGUUAAGUCAGAAUUGGAUUUGUUUGCACUACCGUCUACACAAAUUAGCAUUGAAAAUGGAUUGUGGAUUCAUUAUAAACCAAUUUCAUCUCUUGGUGAUGAUGGACCUAUCGAGUUUCAAGUUCCUGGGACCGGCGAUGACUACAUAGAUUUGUCUCAUACAUUACUCCACAUAAAGGCAAAAGUAUUAAAUCAAGAUUCAACUAACUUGGUAUCUACUACAAUAGUAGCACCUGUAAAUAAUUGGCUGCAUUCACUUUUUAGUCAACUUGAUGUUUAUUUAAACCAAAAACUUGUAUCACCACCUAAUAAUACCUAUGCAUAUCGAGCAUACAUGGAAACCCUUUUAAACUAUGCCCCUGCUGCUAAACAAUCUCAUCUUACUUGUAGUCUUUGGUAUGAGGAUACAGCAGGAAAAAUGGAUUCUACAGAUGGUAAAAACAUAGGAUUUGUUAAAAGACAGGAAUUGAUUAGUGAAAGUAAGGAAAUAGAAAUGAUUGGUCAUCUUCACGGUGACAUUUUUAACCAAGAUAAAUUUUUAAUUAAUGGUGUUGAAAUGAGUGUUAAAUUGGUUCGAUCAAGAGAGAGUUUUAAUUUAAUUGUUGGGUCGAACGAUGUAAAGUUUAAAGUUUGCAUUACGGACGCAACUCUUAUUGUGCGACGAGCACGAAUUAAUCCAAGUGUAUUACUCGCACAUCAAAAAGUUUUAGCUUCUACCACUGCUAAAUAUCCUAUUACUCGAGCUGAAGUAAAAGUUUUAACAAUUCCUUCAGGUGUUCAAGGAAAAACUCUUGAUAAUAUAUUUUUAGGACAGGUACCGAAAAGAUGUAUAAUUGGAUUUGUGAACAAUUCUGCAUUUAAUGGUUCCCUUACUAAAAAUCCAUUUAACUUUGAAAACUAUGGUAUUAAUUCUUUCAGCUUAUAUAUUGAUGGUCAACAAAUACCUUCAAAAGCUUUGCAACCAUCUUUUAAUAAUAGCAUAUUUACAUCAGCAUAUCAUACUCUAUUCUCGGGAACUGGUAUUCACUUUCUUAAUGAAGGAAAUGGAAUCUCUUGUGAACAGUAUGGCAAAGGUUACUGUCUAUUAGCAUUUGACUUAACUCCUGAUUUAUCAGCUAACUCAUCAACUCAUUGGAAUCUCAUAAAGCAUGGUAGUGUAAGAAUAGAAGUACGAUUUGAAUCCUCAUUAAUACAAACAAUUAACUGUAUAGUUUAUGCUGAGUUUGAUAAUAUUAUUGAGAUAGAUAAAAACAGAAAUGUUACUGUAGACUAUAGUAGUUAA